CUGAGGCCGAGCCGGGAGCUGAGCGCGCUGGGCGCGGCCGUCCCGCUGCCGCCCUCGCCGAGCCCCGAGUGCGCCCGCGGCCAUGCUCUCCGCGGUAGCGCCGGGAGCCUGAGCCCCGGGACGCGAGCACUGGAGGCAGGCAGCCGGGUGUGCGGGCGCUCCGGAGAGGCCGACAGAAGGUAGGCGAGGGCGGCGGGGGCCGAGAGAGCGUGCUGCCUGGUGACACAAUGGAGUGUCUCAGGCUUCUGGUGGUGGCGAUGGACAGGUGAGCGCUGUGGGCUAUGGGAUGGAUGAGGUGGAGCAGGACCAGCAUGAGGCCCGACUCAAGGAGCUGUUUGACAGUUUUGACACGACAGGCACCGGGUCCCUUGGACAGGAAGAACUCACUGACCUUUGCCACAUGCUAAGCUUGGAGGAGGUGGCCCCGGUACUGCAACAGACACUGCUUCAGGACAACCUCUUGGGCAGGGUGCAUUUUGACCAAUUCAAAGAAGCAUUAAUACUAAUCUUGUCUAGGACUUUGUCUAAUGAGGAGCACUUUCAAGAACCAGACUGCUCCCUGGAAGCUCAGCCCAAAUAUGUUAGAGGUGGGAAGCGUUAUGGACGAAGGUCCUUGCCUGAGUUUCAAGAAUCUGUGGAGGAGUUUGCAGAGGUGACAGUAAUUGAGCCACUAGAUGAAGAAGCGCGACCUUCACACAUCCCAGCUGGUGACUGCAAUGAGCACUGGAAGACGCAACGCGGUGAGGAGUAUGAAGCAGAAGGCCAGCUACGGUUUUGGAACCCAGAUGACUUGAGUGCCUCACAGAGUGGGUCUUCCCCUCCCCAAGACUGGAUAGAGGAGAAACUGCAGGAGGUUUGUGAUGAUCUGGGGAUCACCCGGGAUGGUCACCUGAACCGGAAGAAGCUGGUCUCCAUCUGCGAGCAGUAUGGUUUGCAGAAUGUUAAUGGGGAGAUGCUUGAAGAAGUAUUUCAUAAUCUUGAUCCCAAUGGCACAAUGAGUGUAGAAGAUUUUUUCUAUGGCUUGUUUAAAAAUGGAAAAUCCCUUACACCGUCAGCCUCUACUCCUUACAGACAACUGAAAAGGCACCUCUCCAUGCAGUCCUUUGAUGAGAGUGGACGUCGUACCACAACCCCAUCGGCGAUGACGAGUACCAUUGGCUUUCGGGUCUUCUCCUGCCUGGAUGAUGGGAUGGGCCAUGCAUCUGUAGAGAGAAUACUCGACACCUGGCAGGAAGAGGGCAUUGAGAACAGCCAGGAGAUCCUAAAGGCCUUGGAUUUCAGCCUUGAUGGAAAUGUCAACUUGACAGAAUUGACACUAGCUCUUGAAAAUGAACUUUUGGUUACCAAGAACAGCAUUCACCAGGCAGCUCUGGCCAGCUUUAAGGCUGAGAUCCGGCAUUUGUUGGAACGAGUUGAUCAAGUGGUCAGAGAAAAAGAGAAACUACGGUCAGACCUGGACAAGGCUGAGAAACUUAAGUCACUAAUGGCUUCGGAAGUGGAUGAUCACCAUGCGGCCAUAGAGCGGCGGAAUGAGUACAACCUUAGAAAACUAGAUGAAGAGUACAAGGAACGUAUAGCAGCCUUAAAAAAUGAACUCCGAAGAGAGAGGGAGCAGAUCCUGCAGCAGGUGGGCAAGCAGCGCUUGGAACUCGAACAGGAAAUCGAAAAGGCAAAAACAGAGGAGAACUACAUUCGGGACCGCCUUGCCCUCUCUUUAAAGGAAAACAGUCGCCUGGAAAAUGAGCUUCUGGAAAAUGCAGAGAAGUUGGCAGAGUAUGAGAAUCUGACAAACAAACUUCAGCGAAAUUUGGACAAUGUGUUAGCUGAAAAGUUUGGUGACCUAGAUCCCAGCAGUGCUGAAUUCUUUCUGCAAGAAGAAAGGCUGACUCAGAAGAGAAAUGAGUAUGAGCAGCAGUGCAGGGUAUUACAAGACCAAGUGGAUGAACUCCAGUCCGAGCUAGAAGAGUACCGUGCACAAGGAAAAGCAUUCAGGCUUCCCUUGAAGAACUCGCUGUCAGAAGAACUUGAUGUUAAUAGUGGCGGCAUUGAGCCUGACCAGGGACUGGGUUCUGAAGAAUGUAAUCCACUCAAUAUGAGCAUCGAGGCUGAGCUGGUCAUUGAACAGAUGAAAGAACAACAUCACAGGGACUUGUGUCACAUAAGACUGGAGCUUGAAGACAAGGUGCGCCAAUAUGAAAAGCAGUUGGAUGAGACCAGGCUCACCUGUGAAAAGGAGCAGGAGACCAUGAAGCAGAAGUACGAGCAUGGCAUGCACACCUUGGAAAAACAAAUAAAUGACCUUCAAAGUGAAAUUGCAGAACUCCAGGGGCAGGUCAUGGCACUGAAGGAGGUGCACCGGGAGACCUGCUGCCAGCAUGAGGAGGAGAAGAGGCAACUGCAGGUGACAUGGGAUGAGGAGAAGGCUCGCCUGAGGGAGGAGCUCAGGCUGGAGCACGAGCUGGAGCUCAAGGCCCGACUGCAGCAGGCGGAGGAAGGCUUUAGCCAAGAGAGGGAAGGACUCAUCCAGAGUAGCACCUGGACGGAGGACAAGGUGAGGGGCUUGACUCAGGACCUAGAGCAGUCUCACCAGGAGCAGCUGACAAGCCUGGUGGAGAAGCACACUCUUGAGAAAGAGGAGUUGAGGAGAGAGCUCUUGGAGAAGCACCAAAGAGAACUUCAAGAGGGAAGGGAAAAAAUGGAAACAGAGUAUAAUAGAAGAACUUCUCAUAUAGAAGCCCAGUUUCAGGCUGACUGUCAGAAAGUCACUGAGAGAUGUGAAAAUGCUCUGCAAAGCCUAGAGGGGCGCUACAGCAAAGAGCUGAGGGACCUUCUAGAACAGCAACUGGAGGAGAAAUCUCAGUGGCAGUUUGAGAAGGAUGAGCUCACCCAAGAGUAUGCAGAAGCCCAGGAGCAGCUUAAGAAGACUCUUCAGAGGGAGAAAGCAACUUCUUUGGUCCUGUCCCAGGAGAGAGAGAUGCUGGAGAAGACAUACAAAGAACAUUUAAACAGCAUGGUCCUAGAGAGACAGCAACUGCUCCAGGACCUGGAAGACCUACGGAAUAUAUCUGAAAGUCAGCAAAAUCUACUGUCUGAUCAGAUACUUGAGCUGAAGAGCAGUCACGAAAAAGAACUGAGAGACCGAGAGCAGGUCCUCUGCCAGGCAGGUGCCUCAGAACAGCUGGCCAGCCAGCAGCUUGAACAGUUACAAAUGGAACGUGAACAGGAAAGGCAGGAGAUGGUGGCCAAGCUUCUGGCCAUGGAGACCAUCCACAGAGUGACCUGUGAGAAAGCAGAUCGAGAGAGGGCUGAGAUGAGCACAGAAAUCUCCAGACUGCAAAAUAAAAUUAAGGACAUGCAGCAGGCAGCAAAUCCUCUCUCCAGGCUUCAGGGUAGCUGUCAAACAACAGGAGAAGAUGAGGAGGAAGGAAAUGGGACCAUGUCCCUGCUUCAGCAAGGGGAACAGCUGUUGGAAGAAAACGGAGAUGUCCUUGUAAGCUUGCAGAGAGCUCAUGAACGCGCAGUGAAGGAAAAUGUGAAAAUGGCUUCUGAGAUUUCCAGAUUGCAGCAGAGGCUGCAAAGACUAGAGCCAGGGUCGGUGAUGUCAUCUUGUUUAGAGGAGCCAACUACUGAGUUUUUUGGAAAUUCUGUGGAACAGACAGAAUCAUUUUCAUCCCCAAACCAAAUGAAGCAAGAAAAAGGUGAAACUGCACCAUGCAGGCUAAGUGACUUGCAAGAUGAUAAGGUCCAGGACCUGGGGAGUACUGCGACAAGCUCUGUUCAGAGACAGGAGGUCAAAAUUGAGGAGUCUGAAGCUUCCAUAGAGAGUUUUUCUGAGCUAGAAAACAGUGUAGAGACCAGGACCGAAUCCUGGGACCUGAAGAAUCAGAUUAGUCAGCUUCGGGAGCAACUAAUGAUCUUACGCGCAGAUUGUGACCGAGCUUCCGAAAAGAAACAGGACCUGCUUUUUGAUGUUUCUGUGCUAAAAAAGAAACUAAAAAUGCUUGAGAGAAUCCCUGAGGCUUCUCCCAAGUAUAAGCUGCUAUAUGAAGAUGCAAGCAGAGAAAAUGACUGCCUCCAGGAAGAGCUGAGAGUGAUGGAGACACGCUACGAGGAGGCUCUGGAGAACAACAAAGAGCUCACUGUGGAGGUUUUCAGGUUGCAGGAUGAGCUAAAGAAAGUGGAAGAAGUGACUGAAACAUUCCUUAGCCUGGAGAAGAGUUAUGAUGAGGUCAAAACAGAAAACGAGGAGCUAAACGUUCUGGUUUUGAAGCUUCAAGGGAAGAUUAAAAAACUGCAGGAAAGAGCAGCCUUGCAGUGUGGCUCCUUCUCCUUGUGGGAAGACUGUUCAGACAACUUGAAGGUCGAGUGUGAUGAGAAGGUACUUGAACUCAAUCAGACGCUGGAAGAGUGUGUGCCUGAGGUUUUGAGGGCAUGCCAUAUUUUAGAAGAAUGCAACCAAGAAAACCAGGGCCUUGAGCAGGGCAGAACGCGAAUCUCCAAAAAAGUAAAAGCACAUGAAAUCCCUCAGGUGUAUGGAACAGUUCAGACAUAUCAAGAAAAUUCCAGAGGUGGGACUCAAGUUAUACUGGAGGAAAGCCCUGUUCUCCUAGGCCUUCAAGAUAAACAUGUUCAGCGUCAGGCCACAAUAGCAGAGUUAGAACUGGAGAAACAGAAGCUACAGGAGCUGACUAGAAAGUUAAGGGAGAGAGUCACUACCUUAGUUAAGCAGAAAGAUGUACCUUCUCAGGCAGAGAAGGAGGAAGAGCUGAAGGCAAUGAUGCAUGAUUUGCAAAUCACAUGCAGUGAGAUGCAGCAGAAAGUUGAACUUCUGAGAUAUGAAUCUGAAAAGCUUCAAGAGGAGAAUUCUAUUUUGAGAAAUGAAAUUACUACUUUAAAUGAAGAAGAUAGCAUUUCUAGCCUGAAAUUAGGAAAAUUAAGUGGAUCUCAGGAAGAACUGUGGCAAAAAAUAGAAACUGUAAAACAGGAAAAAGCUGAAGUUCAGAAGGUGGUUGAAAAUUUAAAAAAACAGAUUUCAGAUUUAAAAAUCAAAAACCAACAGUUGGAUUUGGAAAAUGCAGAGCUUAGCCAAAAGAACUCUCAAAACCAGGAAGAAUUGCAAGAACUUAAUCAACGUCUGGCAGCAAUGCUAUGCCAGAAGGAAAAAGAGCCAGGAAAUAGUAAAUUCAAGGAAUGGGAACAAGAAAAGUCUGAUCUGAAAGAAGAACUAGAACACUGUAAAGUGCAGUCCUCCACUUUAGUGUCUUCUUUGGAAGCAGAACUUUCUGAAGUUAAAAUACAGACUCAUAUUGUGGAACAGGAGAACCUCCUUCUCAAAGAUGAACUGGAGAAAAUGAAACAACUGCACAGAUGUCCUGAUCUCUCUGACUUCCAGCAAAAAAUUUCUAGUGUUCUAAGCUACAAUGAACAACUGCUGAAAGAAAAAGAAGCUCUGAGUGAAGAAUUAAAUAGCUACGUGGAUAAGGUGGCAAAAUCAAGACGUUUAGAGCACAGAAUUGCUACAAUGAAGCAAGAACAAAAGUCUUGGGAGCACCAGAGCGAGAGCUUGAAGUCACAGCUGGUGGCUUCACAGGAAAAGGUUCAGAAUUUAGAGGAAACCCUGCAGAAUGUGAAUCUUCAAAUGUCUCGGAUUAAAUCUGACCUCCGAGUGACUCAGCAGGAAAAGGAAGCUUUGAAACAGGAAGUGAUGUCUUUACACAAACAACUUCAGAAUGUGGGUGACAAGAACUGGGACCCAGAAAAAGCCACCCAUCCAUCAGGGCUCCAUAGCCAGCAGAAAAGGCUGUCUUGGGACAAGUUGGAUCAUCUGAUAAAUGAGGAACAACAGCUGCUUUGGCAAGAGAAUGAGAGACUCCAGACUGUGGUACAGAACACCAAAGCAGAACUCACACACUCCCGGGAAAAGGUUCGUCAGUUGGAAUCCAACCUUCUUCCCUCCAAGCACCAAAAACAUCUAAACCCAUCAGGUACUGUGAAGCCCACAGAGCAAGAAAAGUUGAACUUAAAGAGAGAAUGUGAUCAGUUUCAGAAAGAACAAUCUCCUACUAAUAAGAAGGUUAAUCAGGUGAAUUCCCUUGAACGAGAAUUAGAAACAAUUCAUUUGGAAAACGAAGGCCUGAAAAAGAAACAAGUGAAACUGGAUGAGCAGCUACUGGAGAUGCAGCACCUGAGGUCCACUGUGAUGCUUAGCUCAUCCCCUCACUGGGAUCUGCAGCUGCUCCAGCAGCAAGCCUGUUUGAUGGUGCCCAGGGAGCACUUUCUGCAGCUUCAACACCAGCUACUACAGGCAGAAAGGAGAAAUGAGCACCUACAGGAGGAACUUGACAACAGGACCUCCGAAACCAACACACCACAGGGAAGCCAGGAACAGCUGGUAACUGUCAUGGAGGAACGAAUGAUAGAAGUUGAACAGAAACUGAAACUGGUGAAAAGGCUUCUUCAAGAGAAAGUGAAUCAGCUCAAAGAACAACUCUGCAAGAAUACUAAAGCCGAUGCAAUGGUGAAGGAUUUGUAUGUUGAAAAUGCCCAGUUGCUGAAAGCUCUGGAAAUGACCGAACAGCGACAGAAAACAGCAGAGAAGAAAAAUUACCUCCUAGAAGAGAAGAUUGCCAGCCUCAGUAAUAUAGUCAGGAACCUGACACCAGCACCAUUGACUUCUAUGCCUCCCUUGAGGUCAUAGCCACACCAAAGGAUGCACUCAUUUUUGUGCACUUUACUGAAAGAGAAGGAACAUUUCAGUAGUAUCUCUUAACCCUGUUUAAAAAAAAAAACAAAAAACUUUCAAUGGCUUAAAAUUAAGCCAACCUAAAUUUUGGAGUCUAUUCAUUGUAACAAUUUGACUGUUAAAAUUUAACACUUACAAAUAAUUUAUUUUUUAAGUAUUCUAGUAGGUACCAAGAAAAUUAAUAUAUGAAAACAAUUUAAGAAACUUUAAAUCCCAGUUUUCAAUGUGUUUUUAAAGCACCAUUGUAUGCCAAUAUGUAUACAUAUAAAUUCCAUAUAUUUAAGUUUGAGACCUUACUAAAAUGGUUAUUAGGGACUUUAUUUAAAAACAAAUUUAGGUAUUGCACAUUUAAAUACUGAAAAAUCAUUCUGCUUUUAAUAGUUUUGGUUCUUUGAUAGGAGGGCUGGGCUCAGUAAUUGAGACCAGAAAAACCCAAGUCCAUAGAGCUCUACCUUCUUCCACUUACUAUUACUACUCUUGCUAUGUGAGAGGUUUAGAACUGAUUUACUCAACUGCACUCUUAACUAAUGAUGAAGCUUUACUUUUCUUUAAACAGUCUUUUUCUUCCUCCUCUUAGAAGUUUCAUUUGGUCCCUCAUUUUCUAAAAAAUGGAUAAAGCCACAUUCUUAAAGCAUUUGAACUGUAGGAAAAGCACUGAACAAACCACUUUGGACUACACACUCACUCUUGGAGAAGGGAUAUGCGGUCCAUGUGAGUUUUCCUAUCUCAAAAGUCUUGGAGGUCAUGGACUUAUCUGUGAGGUUGCCUCAAGAACUCAGGGAACAUUUCUUUAAACUGUCUUCCUGAACUACUGCCAGGCCUCUCUAAGAAUUUGAGAUGUAUAAACCAUGUGACCUUAUUUAUUUGUCUUAUAUAUUUCCAGCCAUAGGGUUUUCAUGUACAUUUUAGUGCAUUUAAGUGUUUGAAAAAGGCCUUGAUUUUAGCGUUAAAAACUUUUUCCAACUUAUAGGAGAGUUGUUAUUGUUUAUUAAAUAUAGGUCAAAAUUGUCCAUGCUUCUUACUCUGCUAUACCUCAAAUCUGAUCCUAAGAAUUCCUUACUGUGGUAAGUAUUGGCAUGCCAUCUGAAGCAAAGGAAUGUCAUCAGGACUUCCCAUUCUUUCUCAAGAUCAGGAAUCAUGGAACAGUAAACAUUUUAAACUGGAUAACACCCCCACCACCUCCAGUUUAAUUCUUUGCUUCUAACCUACUUCCUCCAGUGGAUGGCGGAAGACUUACAAGGUGCAGAAUGCUACUAAAGCUCAUCACAGCCACCUACUUGUCUUCAUGGGAGAGUAAUGAGAUCAGAAAUUUUUACUUUGAUGUAUUUCAGGAGGUUCUUUCUAUUUAUAAAGAGUAUAACAGAAAUCAAACACUGCUUUAUAGGCAGAAACACAAGAUAAAGCCAGCUGCCUAAGAAGUCAUAUAAUGCCAGAAAAUCAAUCUCAACAAAAUAAUUUCCAUCAAGGAACUUCAGAGAUCCUAACAGGCUAACCACUUGUCAGUCCAGGAGUCCUCACUACCAGGCCCUUGAAAAGGCACUGCUACUCACGGGACUAGGAGUCCACACUGGUGAAGCAGAACUUUCAGGAUUUGCAUAGCUCUUAUUGGAAAGCUUUGAUUUCCCCCUGGAAAAAGAAUUUUAAUCCUUCCCUAUAAUAUGCUUCCAAACAUUUGCCAUCUACUAUCAUGCCUUCCCUAAAUCUUUUCUGUCCUGUGCAGAUAUUCUCAGCAAACUCAAGUACUUGUAUGGCACUAGCUUUAACAGAAAACUUUUCACUUAAAACUGUGGUUUGGCCUAGGCUGAGGUCAACAAUAAACUAAGCAUCUGUAGUGGGUUUAUGUGACAUGCUUCAAGUUACCCAAGGAACCACUGGAACCAGACACCACGCAUAUUUCUCAGUCAACUUAGCAUGUGGUCACAUUUGUAUUUUUUAUUUUUAUUUUUUACAUUAUGAAAAGUGUAGGUUAAUUUGUUUCCUAUGAAUUUGUAUUAUGUGUAUAUAAAAUGUUGUAUGAUUAAUGUAAAUAUGGCUUUGGGGAAAGUUUUAGACUGCACAUAGAAUCCCUUUAUCCAAAAUACAAAUACAAAAUAAUACUUAAUCCAAAAUCAGAUGCAAGUAAAUUUAGCCACAUAUCGGAACUUAAUUUCCUGCUUUUCCACUACAAAAUUGGAAAGAUGAUGAAUAUAAGAAACAUCAGGGAUACCUUAAAUUUAUACAUUUUUGUGACAGUUUAUUUUUGAGAAAGUUUAGAGUGGGAGUUUUAAGAGAUCAUUUAUGAUAUAACUUAGAGUUUAAACCGAAUUUCAAAGAGAUUAAAUGUAAACUUCAAAUUAUGUUUAGCUUUUGUUUACAGAUUUGUUGUUGUUGUUAUUUGGAACUUGGGAUUUAAGCCAGGGGGCACUUCACUACUCAGCUAAUGCACAGCUUUUUUUAUUUUUAGAAGAGUCUCACUGAGUUGCUUAGGGUCUUGCUAAGUUACUGAGGCUGGCCUCAAACGUGUGAUCCUCCUUGCCUCUCAAGCCAUUACAGAUGUUACCAACUGUGCCCAUCUGCUUUUAGACUUCUUAAUGGCACUCUUCAUAAUCACAAGUUAUGUAUUUUAUAGGCAUUCAGCUGCUUUUUUAUUAAAAGCACUGGUUUUUAAACUUUAUUUUUAUCUAAGUACAGUUAUUUAAAAUAGUCUUACAAGACUAGAUCUUCAUUUUAAAGAAAAAUCAAGUUUACCUUGGGGAUAAUACAUUACAUAAGAAAAGGAAACUGUGGGUAGUAAAGCCUUUAUUAUCCUAUUUUCCUUUCUUCUGCUAUUUAAAAGUUUGAAUCCAAGCUCAGAUCUAUGAAGGAAGAAAAGUGGAGGAGAGGGGUAGAACCAACCACAGCAUUUUGUUUUAUUUAUUUUUCUAAGACUCUUACUAAAUCUAGGUUUUGAAAGUUGUUUUAAAUAUGAAUCCAUCCCUUAAGUAUCAGUGUACUAUUGAUAUAUUCAUCAGUGCAUUUUACACAAAUAGAUCAUGAAAUAAUAGGCUUUUGAGGCAUAGAAAGAGAUCUUACGGGUCUAGUAUUUUAAUAAUGCACCAGUACCUAGAACAGGUAUUGUUUUGAGGGGAAAAAUUUUAAUGAAAUGAAUAAGGUUUUGUGACAGAUUUAGGCUUUUUAACACAUGGAAAAUGAAUUUGUGAUUUCUCUUUUUAUUUUGUUAAAUGAAGAAAAGGAAACAUUCAGCUAUUGUCAACAUCUUUGAAGGUAUUCCAAAUCAAGGCAAGUCUAAGUGCUUUGCAAUACUGUAAUAUUAAGCAAGUCAUGUUUUGAAUGGAUUACCUGUAAUGAAUGAUUCAUUUGAAUAAUGUAAUUAUAUAAGUAAUGCCCAAACCAAGUCAAAGCCUAACAACCAAAGUACUCAUGUUUAAAAUAUAUUCAUUAUAUCUUGUUUGGACCUCUUUAAACAUCUCAGCACUGUAAAACAAUUUUGGUUUUAUGGCAUAAUUUUUUAUGGAUAACUAUUCAACAAGUCAAAGCUUUUUGUUUCUCAACUUUUUUAAAUGAUACAAAUUUGAUUUAUUCUCAUUGAGGAGACACACUAUCACAGCAUGGUUUAAGAAAAUACUGGUUUUGUAAAAUAAAACCUGAAUUCAUCUAAAAUCCAUAGAACUUUCUUCCAAUAAAGAUGAGUGUAUGUGUUUAUAUCAGCUUUGUAUAUUUCAUCUUAGCCAUUCUAUCCUAGAAAGAUUUUAAUGUGAGCUUAAAAUGUAAAUAAAUAAUUUUACAAAUAUA